GAGGGCGGGAGGGCUUUCGGUUUGUUUGGAUUGUGCGCGGUGCGCGCACAGCCCGGGAAAAGCGGUAAAUGGCGGCGCCGAGCGCGGACUCUCGGCCUGCCCUGCAGCGAAAGGCGCUAAUGGCCGCUGACAGAGGGCGCAGGAUAUUGGGAGUGUGUGGCAUGCAUCCUGACCAUCAGGAAGCACUGAAAAAGAACCGAGUGGUGCUAGCCAAACAACUGUUGCUGAGUGAACUGUUAGAGCACCUCCUGGAGAAGGACAUCAUCACCUUGGAAAUGAGAGAGCACAUUCAGGCCAAAGUGGGCAGUUUCAGCCAAAAUGUGGAACUUCUCAACUUGCUGCCCAAGAGGGGUCCCCAGGCUUUUGAUGCCUUCUGUGUGGCCCUGAGGGAGACCAAGCAGGGUCACCUGGAGGAUCUGUUGCUCACAACCCUCUCUGGUCUUCAGCAUGCACUCCCACCGUUGAGCUGUGACUACGACUUGAGUCUCCCCUUCCCGAUGUGUGAGUCCUGUCCCCCUCGCAAGCAGCUCCGCCUGUCUCCAGAUACUGUGGAACACUCCCUAGACAACGGAGAUGGUCCUCCCUGCCUUCAGGUGAAGCCUUGCACUCCCGAGUUUUAUCAAACGCACCACCAGCUGGCCUAUCGGUUGCAGUCUCGGCCUCGUGGCUUGGCACUGGUGCUGAGCAAUGUGCACUUCACUGGAGAGAAAGACCUGGAGUUUCGCUCUGGAGGGGAUGUGGACCACAGCACUCUGGUCACCCUCUUCAAGCUCUUGGGCUACAAAGUCCAUGUUCUACUUGACCAGACUGCACAGGAAAUGCAAGAGAAACUUGAGGAUUUUGCCCAGUUACCUGCCCACCGUGUCACUGACUCCUGUAUUGUGGCGCUUCUCUCUCAUGGUGUGGAGGGAGGCAUCUAUGGUGUGGAUGGCCGACUGCUUCAGCUUCAAGAGGUUUUUCGGCUCUUUGACAACGCCAGCUGCCCAGACCUUCAGAACAAGCCGAAAAUGUUCUUCAUCCAGGCCUGCCGUGGAGAUGAAACGGACCGUGGGGUGGACCAGCAAGAUGGAAAGAACCACACCGGAUCCUCUGAGUGCGAGGAGAGCGACGCCAGCAGGGAGGAGUUGCUGAAGACCCGACUGCCCACGUGCUCAGACAUGAUCUGUGGCUAUGCCUGCCUCAGAGGCACUGCCGCCAUGCGGAACACCAAACGGGGUUCCUGGUACAUUGAGGCCCUCACCCAGGUGUUCUCUGAGAGGGCUUGUGACAUGCACGUGGCUGACAUGCUCGUGAAGGUGAACGCGCUCAUCAAGGAGCGUGAGGGCUACGCCCCUGGCACGGAGUUCCACCGCUGCAAGGAGAUGUCCGAGUACUGCAGUACCCUGUGCCGCCACCUCUACCUGUUCCCGGGCCACCCUCCCACGUGACGCCAUCCCCACAGCCCUGCCGCAUGGAGGCCUGAUGGGGCCUCUCCUCUUCUGGCACACGGUUUCUCUUCCCCCUCAGGGAUUGGGAACCUUGGGGCUUGUGGAGCACGCCUGUCCUCUCCGCCUGGGCUCGCCGGGCCACAGGCCAGUCCCUCCUGUGGCGGCUCCCUCCCUGCAGAGCUGGCUCUGGCCCGACCGGCUGCGACAGCAGAGCAGCCUGGCCGAUGAUGUUGCAAACACAGCGUCUUUAUGGGGAGAGGGCAUGCGGGUUUCCCGCUGCUUGUGUUCGCUCCCUGGCCCUAGGGCUUUGGUAGACAGCACUUUGGUAAUUGCUUCUAUUACGUUAGCUAAGACGUUUCAGAGACCAUCUCCUGUCUUUUUUUUUCUUUCAUAUUCCAACCCCAUUUAUCCCAGACUGAGAGUUUGGAAGGUGUCCUGAUUCAACGUAGACGUUUUUCAUUUUGCCUCAAAAGGGCCAACAGGACUGAUGGUACACUGCUGCUGCGGGUGUGGUCGGGACCACAAGGCUACCCAGUGGAAGGCCGGGGUUCUCCGCUCCACAGUUGGCUCCUUUGGGCUCGAGGAAUCCAGGCUCUCAGCAGGUUACAGCUUGGAUACCUUAUACCUGGAACUCGUUGAUCUUUGCCCAGGGAAGUUCCAGAGUUUUCUUAAUCAGUUACUCUCUCGGUUUGUUUACUGAGAUGAACCUCAGCAGAGAGUGUUAGCAGAGGCAGAUAAGAGUGGUAUGCUUCCUCAUACUCUGUAACCUGUCACCUUAUCUUUUGCUUCCUCUGAAAUGUCCUUUUCUAAAAAAGCAUCCUAGUAGUUAUCUCCCUACUUCCUGUUUCUCCCCUUUCACCUUCAUCUCAUCCUGGUUACUGCUGCCACCAAAUCUGUCUAAAAUACUACUUAAUUGGGUCAUUCGGCUGCUCACGGAUAUCAUGUAGUAGCUUGUUCCUGCUUUCUGUUUCAGUAUUAAAUCCCCUUUUGAUUUUAUAUGGCCUGUUUUCCCUUCUCCCGGGUCUCCAUCUGAGGCUGUCACGGUAUGUGCUGUAUCCCCUAGAAGCUUUCUGUAUCUGUGCCAUACAUUGUGCUUUUCCUGUUCUUCAGGGACUUCUCUUGUUCUUCCAUUCUUGCCCCCGCCAAUCUAAUCUCUAUUAUGACAGAUUUUGGUUUGGGGUUUUUAAAUACAAAUCUGAUCAUGUCACUCCCCUGCUAAGAUUUCUGUUACACCUGUAAUGUGCAAACUCCUAACCUACCUUCCCCUUGAACCUCAUUAAAGGCUGAUUUCCCUCUAAGUGAUUGCCCUGGUGCCAUCCUCAGUUUCUCAAACAUUCUGAGCUCUUUCCUGCCCUGGACCAUCACAGAUACUCUCCUAGGGUCUACUGAGCUCCAUUCCUCACAACUUUUAGCUUAAAUGCCACCUUGUGGAGGCCUUCCUAGGCCAUUCUAUCUCUAACUAAUCUUCCGUGUUUAUUACUCUGUCCUGUUUGAUUUCUUCAUUGCACUUAGCAUGAUUUAUAAUCACGUAUUUGCUUGCUUCAUUUGUUCAUUUCUGUUUCCCCUACUAGGGUGUAAGCUCCCUGAGGAUAGAAACCUUGUCUCUUUGUCUCUUUGGUUAACCAAUAUAUACCCAGUGCCUGGCACAUGGUAGGUCUUCAGUAAAUGUUUUUGGGUGAAGGAAGGAAGAAAGCAACCCUAGCUAGAAUCCUACUUCUGGACAAAAUUUCCCUUAAACGAUAUAUACACAGUUUAGUAUUUAUACUCUAGGUUUUUCUGUGUGUUUUGUUUUAUGCACUGAUAACUACUAGCUCAUGAAGACAGAUGUCGUCUGUCAAACAAUGUCUUCUGCAUCUCCCAUGGUCCCUGGCACGUGCUCAGCCUGUAGUAGUUGAGGUGCUCAAUAAUACUUGUUCUGUGAGCCGGG